AUGCCUGCUCCCGGCGCCCUCAUCCUCCUCGCGGCCGUCUCCACCUCCGGCUGCCUGGCGUCCCCGGCCCACCCAGGAAUCCGGGAGCCAGGGCCUUGCAAGCCGGGACCCCAGCCCAGUCCUGUGCCCACAGAUGGAUUCGCCCUGGGCCGGGCCCCGCUGGCUCCUCCCUAUGCCGUGGUCCUCAUUUCCUGCUCUGGGCUGCUGGCCUUCAUCUUCCUCCUCCUCACCUGUCUGUGCUGCAAACGGGGCGAUGUCGGCUUCAAGGAGUUUGAGAACCCGGAAGGGGAGGAUUGCUCCGGGGAGUACACUCCCCCCGCCGAAGAGACCUCCUCCUCACAGUCACUGCCCGAUGUCUACAUUCUCCCUCUGGCCGAGGUCUCCCUGCCGAUGCCUGCUCCGCAGCCAUCCCACUCAGACAUGACCACCCCCCUGGGCCUUAGCCGCCAGCACCUCAGCUACCUGCAGGAGAUUGGGAGUGGCUGGUUUGGGAAGGUGAUCCUGGGAGAGAUUUUCUCGGACUACACCCCAGCCCAGGUGGUGGUAAAGGAGCUCCGAGCCAGCGCAGGGCCCCUGGAGCAGCGCAAGUUCAUCUCAGAAGCACAGCCGUACAGGAGCCUGCAGCACCCCAACGUCCUCCAGUGCCUGGGCGUCUGCGUGGAGACACUGCCCUUUCUGCUGAUUAUGGAGUUCUGUCAACUGGGGGACCUGAAGCGUUACCUCCGGGCCCAGCGGCCCCCCGAGGGCCUGUCCCCUGAGCUGCCCCCUCGAGACCUGCGGACACUGCAGAGGAUGGGUCUGGAGAUCGCCCGUGGGCUGGCACAUCUCCACUCCCACAACUAUGUGCACAGCGACCUGGCCCUGCGCAACUGCCUGCUGACCUCCGACCUCACCGUGCGCAUUGGAGACUACGGGCUGGCGCACAGCAACUACAAGGAGGACUACUACCUGACCCCCGAGCGCCUGUGGAUCCCGCUGCGCUGGGCAGCGCCCGAGCUCCUCGGGGAGCUGCACGGGACCUUCAUGGUGGUGGACCAGAGCCGCGAGAGCAACAUCUGGUCCCUAGGGGUGACCCUGUGGGAGCUGUUUGAGUUUGGGGCACAGCCCUACCGCCACCUAUCAGACGAGGAGGUCCUCGCCUUCGUCGUCCGUCAGCAGCACGUCAAGCUGGCCAGGCCGAGGCUCAAGCUGCCCUACGGGGACUACUGGUACGACAUCCUGCAGUCCUGCUGGCGGCCGCCUGCCCAGCGCCCCUCGGCCUCUGAUCUGCAACUGCAGCUCACCUACCUGCUCUCUGAGCGGCCCCCAAGGCCCCCGCCACCGCCGCCGCCCCCCCGAGAUGGUCCCUUCCCCUGGCCCUGGCCCCCGCAGCACAGCGUGCCCCGCCCGGGGACCCUGUCCUCUCCGUUCCCCCUUCUGGAUGGCUUCCCUGGGGCUGACCCGGACGACGUGCUCACGGUCACCGAGAGUAGCCGUGGCCUCAACCUUGAGUGCCUGUGGGAGAAGGCGCGGCGGGGGGCCGGUCGGGGCGGGGGGGCACCCACCUGGCAGCCGGCGUCCGCGCCCCCGGCCCCCCACGCCAACCCCUCCAACCCCUUCUACGAGGCGCUGUCCACGCCCAGCGUGCUGCCGGUCAUCAGCGCCCGCAGCCCCUCCGUGAGCAGCGAAUACUACAUCCGCCUCGAGGAGCAUGGCUCCCCGCCAGAGCCCCUGUUCCCCAAUGACUGGGACCCCCUGGACCCAGGAGUGCCUGCCCCCCAGGCCCCCCAGGCCCCCCCCGAGGUCCCCCAGCUGGUGUCCGAGACCUGGGCCUCCCCCCUCUUCCCGGCGGCCCGGCCCUUCCCGGCCCAGUCCUCGGCCUCCGGCAGCUUCCUUCUGAGCGGCUGGGACCCCGAGGGCCGGGGCGCCGGGGAGACCCUGGCAGGAGACCCCGCCGAGGUGCUGGGGGAGCGGGGCACCACCCCGUGGGCCGAAGAGGAAGAGGAGGAGGAGGAGGGCAGCUCCCCGGGGGAAGACAGCAGCAGCCUUGGGGGGGGCCCCAGCCGCCGGGGCCCCCUACCCUGUCCCCUGUGCAGCCGCGAGGGGGCCUGCUCCUGCCUGCCCCUGGAGCGGGGGGACGCCGUCGCCGGCUGGGGCGGCCACCCUGCUCUUGGCUGCCCCCAUCCCCCCGAGGACGACUCGUCCCUGCGGGCGGAGCGGGGCUCCCUGGCCGACCUGCCCCUGAACCCCCCCGCCUCGGCCCCCCCCGAGUUUCUGGACCCCCUCAUGGGGGCGGCGGCGCCCCAGUACCCCGGGCGGGGGCCACCUCCCGCUCCCCCCCCGCCGCCACCUCCUCGGGCCCCCGCGGACCCGGCCGUGUCCCCCGACCCCCCCUCGGCCGUGGCCAGUCCCGGCUCAGGCCUGUCGUCUCCGGGCCCCAAACCGGGCGACAGCGGCUACGAGACCGAGACCCCUUUUUCCCCCGAGGGAGCCUUCCCCGGUGGGGGGGCAGCAGAGGAGGAAGGGGUCCCUCGACCACGGGCUCCCCCCGAGCCCCCCGACCCGGGAGCGCCCCGGCCACCCCCAGACCCGGGUCCCCUCCCGUUCCCGGGGGCCCGGGAGAAGCCGACCUUCGUAGUUCAAGUGAGCACCGAGCAGUUGCUGAUGUCCCUGCGGGAGGACGUGACAAGGAAGCUCCUGGGGGAGAAGGGGGCAGCCGCCCGCGACACAGGGCCCAGGAGGGCGGGGAGAGGCCCCGGGAACCGGGAGAGAGCCCCGGGCCCAAGCAGGGGCCCCACAGUCCUGGACAGCGGGAAGCAAGCCCCAAGCCCGAACGGGGGCCUGAGCCUCCGCGUGAACGGGGUGACAGUGCUGGAGAACGGGGAACAGAGAGCCCUGGGCGUCGAGGAGAAGGCGGCGGAGAACGGGAGCCCGGGGUCCCCAGAGAGAGAAGAGCAAGUGCUGGCGAAUGGGGAGCUGCCACCCCCAAGGAGGGAGGAGAAAGUGCUGGAGAAUGGGGGCCUGGGGUCCCCGGAGAGAGAAGAGCAAGUGCUGGUGAAUGGGGGACUGACACCCCCAAAGAUCGAGGAGGUGUCAGAGAAUGGGGGCCUGAGACUCCACAGGAACCCGGAGAGGCUGCCAGAGACUGGGCCUUGGAGAGCCCCAGGGCCCUGGGAGAAGAUGCCCGAGAGUGGGGCUCCAGCCCCCAUGAACGGGGAGCCAGCCCCAGAGACCUCGCUGGAGAGAGCCCUGGCACCUGGCGCAGUGGCCUUGGCCCUGAACGGCGGGGAGACAGCCCCUGGCCCCAUUGGCCCAGCCCCCAGGAGCGGGGUGCCGGAACCCGGGACCGAGAGGAGAGCCCCCGAGACUGGGGGGGCACCGAGAGCCCCCGGGGCUGGGAGGCUGGACCUCGGGAGUGGGGUCCGAGCCCCAGUGGGCAUGGGGAUGGUCCCCGGCGGCGGCCUCGGAAGCGGCGUGGACGCAAAGGCCGGAUGGGUCGACAGCACGAGGCCACAGCCGCCUCCACCGCCGCUGGAAGCACAGCCGACGAGGCCGGAGCCAGUGCCCCAGAGAGCCAGGCCGGAGGCAGCCUCAGAGGGAGAGCCCGGGGUCCCAGACAGCAGAGCCGGCGGAGACACAGCACCCAACGAAGACGGGGACCCCCCCAAGCCCGAGAGGAAGGGCCCCGAGAUGCCACGACUGUUCUUGGACUUGGGACCCCCUCAGGGGAACAGCGAGCAGAUCAAAGCCAAGCUCUCGCGGCUCUCGCUGGCGCUGCCGCCGCUCACGCUCACGCCGUUCCCGGGGCCGGGCCCGCGGCGACCCCCGUGGGAGGGCGUGGACGCCGGGGCGGCUGGCGGGGAGGCCGGCGGGGCGGGAGCGUCGGGGCCGUCGGAGGAGGACGGGGAGGACGAGGACGAGGACGAGGAGGAGGACGAGGAGGCGGCGGCGGCGGGCGCGGUGGCGGGGCCGCGGGGCCCCGGGAGAGCGCGGGCAGCCCCGGUGCCCGUCGUGGUGAGCAGCGCCGACGCGGACGCGGCCCGCCCGUUGCGGGGGCUGCUCAAGUCUCCACGCGGGGCCGACGAACCCGAGGACAGCGAGCUGGAGAGGAAGCGCAAGAUGGUCUCCUUCCACGGGGACGUGACCGUCUACCUCUUCGACCAGGAGACGCCAACCAACGAGCUGAGUGUCCAGGGCCCCCCCGAGGGGGACACGGACCCGUCAACGCCCCCAGCGCCCCCGACGCUUCCCCACCCCGCCACCCCCGGAGAUGGGUUUCCCAGCAACGACAGCGGCUUUGGAGGCAGUUUCGAGUGGGCGGAGGAUUUCCCCCUCCUCCCCCCUCCAGGCCCCCCCCUGUGCUUCUCCCGCUUCUCCGUCUCGCCUGCGCUGGAGACCCCGGGGCCCCCCGCCCGGGCCCCCGACGCCCGGCCCGCAGGCCCCGUGGAGAACUGACUCCCCGAAGACCUGACCCCCCUGCACCCCCAGAAGAGGGGUUGAGAGUAGAAUCCUCUGUGGACGAUGGAGCCACUGCCACCACCACAGACGCCGCCUCCGGGGAGGCCCCCGAGACCGGGCCCUCCCCCUCCCCCACCAUGUGCCAAACGGGAGGCCCUGGCCCUCCGCCCCCCAGCCCCCCAGACGGCUCCCCUGAGCCACCUGACCCCCUCGGUGCCAAAUGAGGCAGGAAGCCCCUCACCCCUCCCUGGAGAGCCGCCUUUCUCGGAACUGAACUGAACUCUUUAGGGCCUGGAGCCCCUCUGCACAGCGGAGGCCCCUCCUCACCCACUCCCAGCCCCAGACAGGGGCCGAAGGCUUCAGGGACCUGGACCCCCCCAUCUCGCGUCUCCCCUUUCCCACCCCAGCCUGGCCCCUGGAGGGGCCUCUGGUUCAAACCUUCGCGUGGCAUUUUCACAUUAUUUAAAAAAGACAAAAAACAACUUUUUGGAGGAA